AUGCUUUUGGAGGAUGCAGCUGAGAUUUAUCUGGAGCUCUAUCUCCAGGCUGCUGAUUUAUUCAUCAUACUGGAAUUUGAAUAUCUGCUGGCAAAAAUUCAAACAGCUGCAGGAACUUUUAGGGUAACCCAUAUUGAUUGGGUGUUAGUUGAUGUAAUUGAGAUUCAUUUGGAGUUCCAUAUCCAAAUUACUGGCCCAAUUUUUAUUCAGUAUGCUGGAAUUGGAAUAGUUAGAGAAACUUUUAGGUUAACCCCUAUUGAGAGUAUAGAUCUUUCUUAUUCUCAGUUAAUCCCUGGUCCAAUUUUCCUGCCGAGAGCAACCAGAUUUACUGAACAGCAGCACCAUUGUGUAGUGCCUCACUGUAGAAUUUCUCUGUUCCAGAGGUCCUUUACUCCUCACCAUGUUGAACUGUGGAACAGUCUCCACACAGACGACAGCGAGAAUGAAGGUCACCUGACCAACAUCAAUCGACAGGUGAUGAGGCCGCCUGGCUGCUCUGGGAAAGCUAAAAGAGGACACCUGUGUUUCGAUGCCGGAUUCGAGACAGGGAAUCUUGGAAAAAUCGAUUUUGUGGCAGAGUACGACUACGACCUCUACAUCAGGCCUGACACAUCAAACCCUCGCUACAGGCUGUGGUUUAAUUUCACUGUGGAUAAUGUCAAGGCUGAUCAGACGGCCAUCUUCAACCUGAUCAACAUCCACAAAGGAAGAAAUUUGUUUUGCGAGGGCCUCACCCCCCUAGUCCGGUCGACCUCCAGACCCAAGUGGACCCGGAUGCCAAGUGAAAAUGUCUACUACUACGAGUCGGCCGAACACAACGGUCAGAACGUCCUGAGUUUCGCCAUCUGCUUUGACGUCGAGAUGGACGUGUAUCAGUUCGCACUGACGUACCCCUACUCGUACACCAGACUCCAGACCUUCCUCGAUGUUCAGGAUGAGAAGAACUACGGCUUUUGGUGGAGACAUUUGUUGGCGAAGACUGUGUUGAAGAGAGACUGUGAGGUGGUGACCAUCACCAGUCCCAAAAAUUACCGAGGACACGUCCAGGAAGCGGCCGAAUCCUUGGCGCUCCUUGUGACCAAUAAUGACGAGGCUGCCCCCCCCUCAGACACCCUGCAGGCCAUCCAAGGUCAAGGUCCUCAUGGGAAUGAUGGUGACGAUCAUGAAGAAGACGAUGAUGAUAAUGAUGAUGAUGACGACGACGACGACGAUGAAACUGCUGCAAAGCCCAAGAAGAAAGGACCUCCCCGGGUAGUCGUGAUCUUGGCCAGAGUCCAUGCAGGCGAAUCUCCAACGUCUUAUAUGGUCCAGGGAAUGAUGGAGUUUCUCACUGGAAAUAGCACCGAAGCCACAACACUCAGGGAUCACGUGGUGUUUAAGAUUAUUCCCAUGCUUAAUCCAGAUGGUACUUACUUGGGUAAUUACAGGAGUACUCUGAUGGGUUGGGACCUAAACCGCAGCUGGAACGAAGCCACCGUUUGGGGUCAUCCCACAAUUUACGCUGCCAAAGAUCUAAUACUGCAACUAGACGAAGCACCGUGGUGCGAGUUAGAUUUAGUGUUGGACCUCCAUGCUCAUUCAUCGCUGCUCGGAACAUUCAUCUACGGAAAUUCUUACGAUGAUGUUUACAGGCAUGAACGUCACAUCGUUUUCCCUAAAAUGAUGAGCUACGCGUGUGAGGACUACUGUCAUGAUAAUACUAUUUACAAUAAGGACCCAGCAAAGUCUCAGACAGCAAGAAGGUGGCUGUGUCAGAAUCUGAAAGAUUCAUCCAACGUCUACUCCAUCCACACGUCCAUCUACGGCUACAAGAACAGCAGAGGUGUCAUCAUUCCUUACAGCGAAGAGAGUUAUAUCCGCACAGGAAAAAACAUCGUCAUGGCUGUGUUAGAUUAUUAUCAGUUCCUGGGUCUCAUUCCACACAGCAUCCCAACUGCCCUUCCCCUUCACGACCUUCCGAGGCGCAGGGGGCCCAGCCCCCCUCCGCUCUCCAGACACGCUGCCAGGCAUCUGCAGCAGGCGAUCCGACAAACACCCCCAGCCGUCAAGUCUAAAUGGAUUAGCGGUGCCAGAAUCAAGAUGGCGCCCACUGAACCCCAGAAUGCCAAAGAACUUGAAGGCAUCGAAGUGGGUAUCACCGACACUGGUGCUAGUGCAAGCUCUGAGGAUGAAUCCUCCAUUAGUAGUGGGAGUGGCGGCAUGAGCGACAACAGCGGUCUCUUAGUGAGGAUCAAGCAGAAGGCAGCAUCAGCAGAUGAAGACGAAGUCGGUUACAUGAGAAGAUACGGUUCGGACCGCGAAACCAGAGCAGUUAGAUUGCCGGCGGUCCGGUCUCGAAAUGUAGCCGACUUUCGUGUGCUAGGUGACCAAACCAGGCGGCGGUCUGCGAGAAGAACUCGGCAGCCUAAGACCAACUACGUGACAUUAUAUCCCGACCAAGAGGAAUUGUACCAUCCACUGGCUUCAGACGAUGACACUCGGAGUCUGCCUGACCUGCCAUCGUUGAAAACUUCGCUUCCGGUCUUGCGCACUAGUGAGGGCAAGAAGAGAAGGUCCUACCCCUUUGUGCCCUCGGAAUCCCUUCGUCCCACGACGCUCGUUUGGGAGGACAUACAACGAGAUCCCCUCUCACUCGCUCACAAGGACAUUAAACUGUCGUAUAGAUAUUAUGACUUCCGACGCCUCACGAAACCUAGAAAGAAACGCCAUAGAAGAAAAGUCAAAAGUCGGUCACCAAGCCGGUCUCGAGCCCCCGUCCACCACAAUAAAUAUGGCAGUCAUUCCGUCCACAGCAAACAGAAUCAUCCGGUCCAGAAAAAAGUCAGCCAUACCAAUCCAGGGAAACAUAAAGGUAAAAGCAAGCGCAAGAGAGGCAAGCCGCGACCGCCAGCAGCAGCGGCAGCACCAUCAUCUCCAGAAGACGGAGGUCAGCCGAGGAGGAUGGUUGCCGGCGGCGGCUUCAACGCUAAGCUCAUGCCGACGGCCCCUCGUGAUGGAGUUGGAAGGAACCCUACCCAAUCGAGAGGAGUUAAAAUGAUCGAUGUCAAUCAGCUGACCAUCGGAGGAUACCGCGAGCAUGCCAAUGUCCCUCGGUGGCAGGCCGCCCCUCGGAGACCCCCAAUCGCUCCUCCUCUUUUACCCAGUUCCCCACCACUUUUGAGGAGGUUUCUUGACCCCAAAGCGCCCCUCUUUUAGUAUAUUUGGUCUCCUUUCUGCAUACAGCUUUCGUGGUAUUGCUUAUCCAUUUUCAUUAUUCAUCUCUCUCUCUCUCUCCCAUUUUGUACGUGGCUCCCUUCAUUCCCUCGCAAUUUCCUCUCCGUUUCAUAUAAACGCUGAUCCUUCGAAGCUGCAAAAACAAAUACGGAUUUGCAGUAUGGCAUUUCGUCAGUUGUUCGCUAUCAUGCAAAUCAUAUUCUGUCGUUGAAACAGUUUUUAAAAGAAAAUAAUUUGUUCCAUGAUUAUGGUUUGGGAUGUAUCCCUGAAAUCAUUAAGUAAAUCUCUAUUGCAUCUCAUUUGCAGGUGUUUUCAUGUUAAUUGCAUAUCAUGUGUAAUUUUCAUGUUAACACAAUGUUUAGACCCUGGUUUGUUAUAGCUGAAGGAAAUGUAAAGUUCGCUGAAUUUCUAGUUCUAGUCUGUAACAUGUUUUUUACAUACAUGUGAGUAAUGAUCGCUGAUAGUUAUUCGUUCCGACAAACCUAAAAAAUAAUGUAGUUUUGAUUGAUAAUUACGAGCAGAAUGG